CAACGCGCCCGCGCCGGGAAUCACAAACAACUCACGCACACACCUAACGGAGCGUCGAGGCGGCACACACUCACACGCCGCGCCCCUAUAAAAGACAGCCGUCGCAGCGCCCGGCAUUCAGUCCACCGCGGCCAUCCGUGACGGACAGAGCUCCCUGGUACUACCGCGGCACCCGCGACAGUGCGAACCUACUCAGGCAUCCUACCUCGGCCAUCCGAGUGGACGCCUUGUCCUCUUUCGAUAUUUUGAAAGUAGUAAUUCCCUUAAUAAAAUUUUGUGAAUAUAACCGUCUCGUCUUCUUUACACUGGCGCCCAACGUGGGGCACGUUCCUCCACGCGCAAGAUUCGUCACGAAGGCAGGGCGUGUCACAACAAGAUACGUAAAAACAAAAAAGAAACUAUGGCGUCCUUUAGCGAAGACCAGUUUACUCGGCUGAUUUCUACACUGUCGUCAUCGUCAUCAUCACGCCACUCCACAUUAGCAAGCUGCAUUCACCAUUAUGAUGGAACCAAGGAUGUUGGUGUGGUGACAAGGUUCCUUUCGGCAGUAGACACAUAUAUAAUGGUGGAGAAGAUCCCGGAGAAAGAGGCAAUAAUGGGGUUACCCUUAAUCCUGGUGGGAGAAGCAGGCAUCUGGUGGCAAGGCAUCAAACACGAAGUCGAGACCUGGGAAGGCUUUAAGGAGAGGCUGCACGCUGCAUUUGCGCCCAGAAAGGAAGCUUACCAGCUACUACGGGAAAUAAUGAGCAACGAACAAUCUAAAUCUAUGCUCACAGAAACGUUUGUGGCUCAGAAGCGAGUCUUGUUCGCCCAACUGCCAACCCCGAAGAUACCCGAGAUCCGUCAGCUGGACAUGGUGUAUGGACUUCUUCGCCUGGAUAUGAGGUCUGCCGUACCUAGGUCAGCCGUCAGCUCUUUUGAUAACCUGGUACAGCUGGCAAGAGCCGCAGAAAACAUAAUGAAGGAGCGAAAUGAACCUCUGACUACCAGUGCGAGCGAAUCGAAGCGUGAAAGAUUCGCUCGGGGAAAAGAGCGCUGUGAAUUCUGCCGUGCUAUAGGACAUGACAUGGCGUCGUGCAGGCGGAGACAAAAGGCACUUGGAGCGAUGGCUGUACCGAAACAGGAAGCGGUGACUCAGGCUCCAUCACCUUCGCAGCCCCGAUUCUACUGCUAUGGCUGCGGAGCCCCGGGAGUGGUGAGAUCCAAGUGCUCCACCUGCAACAAAAAGAGGCCGGUGGAAACUGGUGCAUGUUCCAUCGAUAUUCAGCUGGAUGUAAGGCCCCGACCUAUGGUGUUUACGAAGAUCGGCGAUAUCGAAGAGUGCGCUAAGCUCGACUGCUGCGCCAAGUCUAGCGUUGCGUCAUACCAACUGGCCACGAAGUUACGAAAGAAGGGGUACGUCUUCCAGCAACAGAGAAUGAAGAUAACUCUCGCGGACGGCAUUGGCAAGCGUCAGAACGUUGAAAUAGUCAGAGCCCCCGUGGAACUUUAUGGGAAAACAACGUACACCACUUUCGUCGUUUUGCCCGGUUGCAAAAAGAACCAAACCUUACUUGGCGUUGGCUACAUCCAAGAUGCAGGGAUACUGAUCAACUUACCUCAAUUCACGAUGUCCUUCAUUGAGCGGCCAGAAGAGGACUACGACCUAUACGACGAGGGGUUUGCCACCUUCAAACAGCCUUCAAUGGAAGAGUUCCAAAUGCAAUCACCUGUAUCCGUUUUGACCUGGAAUUCAUCAUCUACGCUGCCAGGAAACGUUUGCGCUUCACCAUCCUUGCCGUCGUGUUCAUCACCAUCAUUACCAGAGCCAGCAGAUAAGGGAACAGAGAUAUCAGGCUUUAUGAUGACAACCGAAACACCCGUAGAAAGGACCAUUAUAGCCCCGAGAACACCUGAUUGGAACUUGAUUCCCAUAAAAUCCCCGUCACCCAAGAAGUCACGGUUCUACGAGGCCAGCUCCCCAGAUCUGGACUACAUGAUUCGUGAUGCACAAAUAAAUGUUCAUUCUCAGGCCGUUGAACUGACGCUACGUGAGCAAGGCUUGUUUGAUGGAGAACUUGACUGGGACGUCGGAAUUGACGCCGUCGAUGUACACAUACCUGAAGACCUACCUGAAAACCAGAAAAAGGCAUUCGAGGACCUUCUACUGGAAUACGAAGACGUCUUUACUUCAAAGGGCGAAGCUGUAGUCGACGUGGAACAUCGUAUCAUCACAAAAGAUCACCCUCCUAUAGCUUCACCACCUUACAGAUUGUCUCCACCACGAAGAGAAAUCCUUAAAGCUGAAAUAGAUAAAAUGCUUCAAGGAGGCAUCAUAGAACCAUGUUCAUCUCCUUGGGCCUCACCAGUUGUCAUGGUACCCAAAAAGAAUGGCGAAGUCAGGAUCUGCGUGGAUUACCGGCGCUUGAAUGCUAUAACUGUACCUGAUUCAUAUCCUAUACCCCGCAUCGAUGACUUACUCCAUGAAGCCAAGCCUACGCCAUACAUGAGUGCCCUAGACCUAAAGGCUGGAUACUGGCAAGUGUUGGUCGCGGAAGCGGAUAGAGACAAGACAAGCUUCAUAACGCCCUUUGGUAUAUAUAGAUAUAUACGUAUGCCAUUUGGCCUGCGUAACGCGCCUGCCACGUUCCAAAGGAUGAUAGACAGGUUCAGAGUGAGCCUAGAAGGAAUCAAGAUGCUUGGGUACUUAGACGAUCUAAUAGUCUUCUCCACGACAUUUCAAACUCACCUGGCAGACCUCAGGAAAAUAUUCCAGCGAAUGAGAGAAUAUAAUCUCACUAUCAACAAGGAUAAGUGCAGAUUCUUCGCUUCUUCAAUCAAGUAUUUAGGGCACUUGAUCACACCUGAAGGCCUAAAAGCUGAUCCUGAGAAAGUUACCACCAUUACUAAUCUGCCAUCUCCAAAGAACUUGACACACCUGGUCACAUUUCUACAGACAUGUUCAUGGUAUCGACGUUUUAUAGAAAACUUUGCAACUGUGGCUGAACCACUCACCAGACUGACAAAGAAGUCAGCUGCUUGGACCUGGACUGAAGAGCAGGAAAAUGCCUUUACGGAACUGAAGCAUAGGUUGACUUCCUCCCCAAUAUUACGUCAAGCUGACCACACUAAGCCCUACAUACUGAAGACUGAUGCCAGUAACUACGCGCUCGGAGCGGCUUUAGUCCAGGGGAGGGAAGCGAAGAAUAUGUGGUAG